CGACAUCACCUGGUUUCCAAAGCAGUGGAGGAGGUGCAGAAAAUCAUCCAGCAGCUGACCACAGAAAUCAGCCAUAAGGCCAUACGAUUCCAGGCUAUCUCCAACUCUGGCAUUCACAAUGAGAACAUUAAGGUAUGAACAAGAGCCCUGAUAUACUCUGGCAGCCUGCAGGCAAUCAGUAAAUGAUUUCUCCAUUGUAUGGGCAGGUACCUCACCCAAAACACCACAGACAAUGUGCUGAUGCUUCACUGUGGGAGUUCUAGUGACUGGGUUAUAGAGGCUUACUCUCGUGGACAUCUUACAAUUAGAAGAGUAUCAGAGAGGGAUGGGUAAAUCAGGCAGAGCCUCUUUUUACAGCUGCUGUGUUUACAAAGAGCAUCUGUUGCUAGAGCUGUCAGUCUGCAGCAGAAGGCAAAGUUCUUUGGGAGACAGAAAGAAAAACUUGUACAGCAGUAACAUAAGAAAAAUCCUCAUGCCUCCAUGAGCUAUGACUCAUAUUUUUCACAGGUGGAAAACCUGUCAACUCACUAAAAAAAAAAAAAAAGGAAAAUCAAAAGUCCUUCUGCUAUGAGCAUUAGAAAGCUCCUUCAGAAAAAUGGGAAGUUUUUGUCAUAGAUUGGAAUUUUUUUUUAACUUGGAACAAAUAUGCUUAUUAGUGGGAGAAAUUAAAUGCCUCCCCAUUUUAGACCUUCAAAUAUGAAAAUAAUAAUGCGACAGAUGAAGACUGGUUGUUUUAGUUAUUUCCUAUGGCUAUGUAAUACAAGAGUAAUUAAGAAAGAUAAGAUAAAAGAUAUAAGAAACAAUCACAGCAAUGGCAACUUCUGAUGAAAAUUAUCUUUUUCAUCUAAAUUAGUUUUUACAUACUCUAGCUGUGUCAACCUUAUACUAAAAUGCAGCCAGUUGCAGAUCAAAACACAGCAAACAUGUAAAAGCAUUUUGCAGCUCUCUAGGAUUGAAAGGGAAGAAGUCUGUGUGUACCAAGCUGCUGGAAGGUUAUGGAGGUGGAGGCGAAAUAUAAUCACCCAGUUGGCAAUAUGGCUAUUGUCCUGGGAACAAAGACAUUCAGAUUUAUAGCUUUUCUGGAAUUUCGUGUAUCCCAGGGCACGUGGCCCUGUCAAUAGGUAUGACCACAGUGACGUAAAACCACAUCCUGGUCCACGUGUUCCUUAGUGCCAGAGUCUGCCAACCACCUCUUGUGCUGGAACAAACCUGCUUAGCUAAUGAGGUCUGACAGGACCAGGGUCAGGGAAAAAUUGUUGUUCUGGAAAACAAAGCAGAACAAAACCACCAAGGCAAUCUAUUCUGAGCAGUAAUUUGGAGUUACAGUAGGCUGAUCUGAACAAUUUCUGCUUGGAAGAAAUCCUCAAAAUAUAUUUUCUUAAAAAGUGGCAGAUUUGUUAUUCAUACUUAACUGAACCCAGUGUUAUAAAUCUGUGGAAGUAACACUAGGAGGGCCUGACUAACUUUUGUCCUGUAUAUAUAGGGCAACAAAGAAUGGGUUGAUGAGAAAUUAUUUUGGCUUGGGCUGUCUGCUUUCAAAAAUUGGAAACCUUGAUAUUCUUGCUGACAUAAUUCAACCUAGAGGAGACUUGUGUCAAGGGAAAGUCAGUGUAUUCAUUAUUCUGUGUUUAAAUUUGCAACAUUUUUCUUUCUGUCAGUUAAAUUUGAAGAACUUUUCAGAACUUUCAGCUUCUGGUUGCAGUGACUUUUCUGAACUUUCAGCUUCUGGUUAAAAGGAAUCAAUUUAACAUGGUGAGAGGUCUGGAUUUAUUGAGAAGCCACAAACUUCCUUCUAAAUAUGCAUGGCUAAGAGGAGAAUACAUAAGAAAAGUCUUUAGAUAUUCAGUGUUUCUCUGUAACCCACACAACAAAAAGUCAGUCUUUAGUAAACAACUUGAAUUAAAAUUCACGUGGACAAACCCACAUUAUUUUAAGUAUUUGUUUUAGUUGUGGCCCACCAUUUUUGCAGCUGUCAAUGGUGCAAGGCUGGUGCAAAAGCUGUGGAGGCUUCAAUAAGGCGUAAUGAACAGGUUAGGGUCCAGACUAAUCACUCGUGCAGCACUGCCCAAUGGCAUUGCCAAAUGUUUAACUCUGUAAUCACAAUGGGGGCCAGGGGGGGGGAUUUUCCUUUAAAAAACAGGCUCCAAGGAAGCUUGCAGCUUUGCUCUGUGAAUGAAUGACCUGGCACAUGCUUUCUCUCUGUUCUUCUUGUGUACUUCUUGCUUUCCUUUCUGCUUCUCUCAGGAUCAGCCAGCUUUACUGGCCAAGUGGUCAGCUAUGCUUCGGAGGAAGCGCCCAUUCCACCCAUCUAUCCAGGUCUUAGCACCCAGCCAGUUCCUCAUCACAGUCCCUCUGCGUGGCCUGACUGGGUACAGGGAAUGCCAGGUACGGCACUGGCGUUAUUACACCGUAAAUGGAGCCAAGCUCCUCUCCUCCGUGCGGGACCCUGAGGAAUUGCAUCAAUGGCUAGAGGUGGAGCAGUUCUCAAAAAGCCUUCAGCAGUGGCAUGAAGAGGAUGUGAACAUCGAAGGUGAUCUGGUUCCAGCCAAAGUCCUUAUCGUCUUCCGGGAGCUGGUGGAGAAGUCGAUUAUCUCCUGUAACCUCUCCAGUAAAGUGACGGUGCUGGAGAGCUUCAGCUCAGUGGUCCGGGUGGCUGUGGAGACAUCAGAAUCCCAGGUUGAGGUGGAGCUGGUCCCUGCUGUGGAGAUUCCAACUUGCUGGCCCGAGAAGGCCCGGUGGCCUCGUUGCCUCAAGCGUUGGCCUUCUCAGGAAAAAGUGCGGUGCAUCAAGUCACUGGGUUUCGACCUUUUGGCCCGCUCCAAUUAUCACUGGCAGCUGUGCUUCUCCCGUGCUGAGCGCAUACUCAUGGAAGGACUUGAUGAAGAUGGUGGUUGUCGCAUGAAGUGCUUCAGGGUCAUGAGGCAGAUGAAGGAGGAUGUCUGGUGUGCUGGAAAUAAGCCUGUCAUCACAGCUUAUCACCUUCAGACAGUGCUAUUCUGGACGUGUGAAAAAUACCCACGCACCAAGGAUUGGCGCUGCUUCCCUGAAGCCUUUCUGAGGCUGGUACAGAAGUUGCACAAGUGUGUAAGCCAGCACUUCCUCAAGCAUUACUUUCUCAAGAACACCAAUCUGCUCAAAUAUGCCAACACCAGUGACCUGGACCUGGUGGCCAGCAAGCUUGCAGUCUUCUUGGAGAACCCAGUCUUCUGCCUGGACUGAGGCAGGCAAAGGUCUCCUCACCCCAACCCUGAGCCAAUCCCCCACCUCCUCUCCCCACCAGCAGUUCUUCUUCAUGUCCUUCCAGUAGAUGUUGCAGCUGGCUUUGUAAGACAGUUGGCACAUGCAGCAUGAAAGAGAAGUGUCAAGCUGGCAGCAGUGGGCGGUGAAAACUGAUGGAAGGUAUCGCUUGAUGCCCAGCUGAUCUAAUUUGCUUUCAACUGUGACAGCCUGCCUGGAAGCUACAACCAGUGAAACCCAACUUCGUGUCAGUCAGAACAGGCAACUGCCUUGUUCUCUGACUCUAGUCUUGUGGCACUUAAGCAGAAAGCAGUGCAAAGGAGUCUCGCUCUGCUGCCUAUCGCCUCUGUAAUUUAGCACGUGUAUUGUUGCUGCAAUUGCCUUCCUCACAAGGACAGCGGGUUUAAUUGCCUGCUUGCCUCACAGGCCAGCACUGCAGAAGAACACAGGAACAUUUCUGAGGUGUCCAAAGCUGGAAGCUUUCUUGGAGGCACUUUGAAGUCUCCAUCUCCAAUUCGAUGGGACCCUGCUCCAGUAAGAAGACAACCAUGCUGCUAGUGUUGAAUAGCUCAACAAAAGCAAGAGGAGGAACAGUGGGGUUUUGCCUCCUCUUCAUUUUUCUCUCCUGCACUUACAUUUUUCUUCCAAUUGCUUCAAAUAUGUUUUCUUCUUGUUUGCCUUUGCCAGUUGUGUUAGUGCCAUACAACCACGAGGCUUUGCCAGAGCAGAUUUCACUCCCAUUCCUGACUCUAUCCAGCAGGCUGGAGGAGGAGCAGGUCUUUCCCUAGUUUUUAGCAUCCAUGUAUUUUUUGGGUGCCAUACAGAAGGAGAAUAUUUUUCAAAGGCUGCUAGCUCCAACUCCCCCCCCACCCCCCCCCCCCCAGUGCUUUUAAUAUUAUGGAUGUUUAGAAAGAAAAUCAAUUUAAAUCUUUCAAAAGAACAGAGUUGUAGAAUGAGUGUAAAGACUGCUGGUUUUAAUGUUAUUAAAUCAGUGAAACUAAACCAAA